AUGUCAAAGAAGAGUGAAAGCACGGAUGAGCUCAGCGGAUUGGCUACGCCACGGCUUGCCACGCCAACUUUCAUGACACCGGGGGAUGGUAUGAUUAACGAAGGAAACAACAAUAGUAGCAACGGCAGUAACGAGUACUUUACCCAGCAUGAUAUAGACAAGAUUAUCGGUUCAGAUGGAAAGCCUAAGACUAGCUUUAAGAUUGGUGCCUCAGGUGCUACAGGAACCACCAAGAGUAACAAUUUGAACAAUCCUGAAGAAUUGGCAGACGCUGUAGCAGCUGCAGGUGUAAAUAUUAGAGCCGAGGAGGAGGCAAUGGCAGGAAGCAUAGGAUUAUCUGUUUCAAGGAGACUGCUACAUCAGAAUCAUUUUUUAAAGCCACAGCAGUUGGCAUGGUUUAUGAAUAAGGCGAUGGAAGAGCAAGGAAUGACGACAAUGGGAUUUGAUUUGGACCUGCUUAAUCUGAUGUCGUCUGCAUGUGAAUCGUACAUGACGAGUCUGGUGGCAGAUUCGGUUGUCAUGUCACGUCAUAGACGUAGAGGCAUGAAGACGCGGCGGAAGCAGUCACUGACAGGUUCCAAAUCUGAGAUUUCAAGAGCCUUGAAAGAGAUAGCCGUCAAGCAGAAGUUUCGUGAGGAGAAAAGGGUGCAGAGAAGAAUUGCUCUCGGAUUGGAAGAGGAAAAGAAGGACGAACAAGCUGAAGAACAGACACAGACGAAUAUAACAGCAUCGCUUAUGAUGUCAGGAUCGAUGAAGAAGAGGUAUUCGUGGAUGCAAACACCUGCAUCUGGAAGUAAGACACUCAAUUCUAGAGGUGAUAACGGUAUAAGGUACCGGGAAGCCCGUGAAGAGUCCGGUAUUGUGAUGAGGGAUCUACUGGCUGCUAUCGAGAAUCGCCGUAUGGGAGUAUCCUCUGCUGUCCUCAAGGGUUAUGCCAAGCUAAGAGACUGA